AUGUCUAUUUUUGAUUUAAAAGACGAUAAUCUAAUCAAGGAAUUUAUGCAAGGUGAAGGGAGAACUCUUAGGAAACCGUACGUGGAAUUGAGUCACCGUAUUCCUAAAUUCUCAUCAAAACAAAUUUGUCAUAGAUGGAAUAUAAACUUAACCCUCGCAGUAAUUACGAAUGGUCCUUUCACGCAGGAAGAAAAGGAUUUCAUCUAUCAAUGGGUGAACAAAAAUACCAAAGCAUCCGACAAAAUUAAAUGGUCCCAUUGCCAAACGGCAAUGGAAAAGAAAUUUAAUAAAUUCCGUGCUAUCAAUAGGAUCCAAGGAAUGUUGGCUCACUCAUCGUAA